GAUUCAGAUUACUUGAUUUGGUGACUUUAGUGGAAGAGAUUUGAAAUGAUCUCUUCCCAAUAGAGUUCACUCUUAAAAUUCCCAACGGAGUUCCUCCGGUGUCUUGUUACACUCUUUUACUCAUUGAAAUCCCAAACGAACACUAAAACCCCCUCGGAAUCCCAAUUGAUUGGAGCACCGAUAGCCAAGCUGGCAGAAGAAGAUGGCGCACAGCGGCGGACCAAGGCAGGUGAAACUGGACCGAGAGAGCGAGCUCAGAAUCGAAGUCGGCUACGACGCCCCUCUCAAGCUCCGCCUGCUCAGCGGCACCGCUGAGAUCUUCGGCACCGAGCUCCCCCCUUAUUUCUGGCUCACCUUCCCGCCCAGGCUCAAAUUUGCUGUUUUUACUUGGAACGGAGCAACAAUUGAAAUGGAGGGCAGUACGGAAACCAAGUACACGGUUGAUGAGACUCCUAAUAUCAGCUAUGUGAAUGUGCACGCCAUAUUGGAAGAACGGAGACACCGCGCUAAACCCUUGCCGCCAGAUGACCCCAAUUCUCAGGGCCCAAGGGUGAUUGUUGUGGGACCAACAGAUUCUGGGAAAAGUACCUUGUCGAAAAUGCUUCUUAGUUGGGCAGCUAAGAAGGGAUGGAAACCUACGUUCGUCGACUUGGAUAUUGGACAAGGAGCUAUAACAAUUCCAGGAUGCAUUGCCGCUACUCCUAUUGAAAUGCCUAUUGAUGCGGUUGAAGGAAUUCCUCUUGAUAUUCCUCUUGUUUAUUUCUAUGGGCACACAACUCCUAGUAAUAAUGUAGAUUUGUACAAAGUGCUUGUGAAGGAGCUUGCUCAAGUGGUAGAAAGACAAUUUUCUGGGAAAAUUUUGCACUAAUUUUCCCCAACA